AUGUGCCGACCUGAAAACACUCCAUCUUCAUCUUGCUUUUGCCGAAUCCUCAGUUUCCUCUCCAGUUUCCUCUCUAGAUCCGCCGCCGUGAGUUUGCCCUCAUUCGUAUCGAUGAACUGGCGCAGAUCCGUCACGGACAGGAUUCGCAACUUUCCUCCUCCACCAAACAUUGUAGUACCCAACGUCGCUAUUCGCGACCCGUCCCGGAACCAAGCAAUCUGCGCAAUCUCCAUUCGAUAUUCUUCACUCUGGUACCGAUAUGUUACAUCUGUCUCCCAAUUCCAGAUCAUAACUCCGACUCCGACUCUGCUUGGUUUCCCAUUUUCAUCAAUUACUUAUUAUAUCCAGUUGACGCGAUCCACUUGUCAUCUGGAGACCACUUCACCGAAACAGAAGCAUAAGAACCAUCAUGAGGGAACAGAGCCCGCCCAACAGAGAACGGAGCCCACACACCCAGAGAACGGAGCCCGCUCAACAGAGAACGAAGCCCGCACACCUUCUUCACCUUCUCUCCAGGGCCGCUUGACAAAGUUGAACCAAUCUAUGUGAACUUCGUCUGCAAAUUCGUCUGAAUACCACUCAAGCAGACCUUGGUCCGCAGCCCAUUUCAGGCCGACCGAAUCUGGGACACGUUCGGGGGCAUCGCCCAUCGUCUCUCCUGUCUUGGC